GCCUCUCCUCAGCAGCUCUUCCUGGGGCUGUCGGGCACCUGUUCCUCCCUCUCCGGGCCAGCCCCUACUCCGCUUCCGUCUCUCGGCCUCCAUCCCUUGCCUCCCAAAGAGCAGGGCGUCCCAGGAGGGGCUCAGGGAGCAGCGGGGGGGGGGGAGCUGAGGUGUCUUCCUCUGCGCUGCUGGGAAAACCCUCCCCCCCCACCAGUCUUUUUCCUACCUUUCCAGGUGGCCUUUCUGGAGAUGCUGGUGUGGCGGAGAGGAAGGAGCCCUUUCUCAAGUUGCCGUCUGCAGACCAGGGCGGGGUCACGCAGCCUGGCUCCGCCACAGGGGCCUCCCCCCCAGCAAACAGCAGCUCACGAGGCGGUCAGCUGGGAGAGCGCAACCUGAACCUGGACCCCCUGGAAGCCGCCCAGGCCACCAAGGCAGAGACUGAGCCAGCCCUCGCCCCCCCUGUGCUGGAGGUCAAGUGGGAACCGGCUGGGCCUGUGCCCGGUCCCUGGGGGCAGGACCUAGCCCAUCCCUACCGCAGCGCAUGCCCAGCCCAGCAGAUGCCAGAGCAGCUGCCAAUCUCCCGAGCCGCCCACAAAGAGGUGCAGUGCUCGCUCUGGAGCCUGGACGCCUGUUGCCAGUGCAGCUGCUCCAGGACCAAGAGCAGCCUCCCUACCUGGCCAGAUGGUGCCAGGGUGCCCAGGGCGUGUGGGGAGGCUGGCCCCAAGACUGUCAGGGAACAGGCCGACUGGCAGAUUGAAGCCCUAGUGCUGAGGAGACAGCUGCUGGGAUCCUGGCCAGUCCCAAACCUGCCCUCCAGCUUUUCUCCAAGUGGCCUAGUUAGCAUUGAACCUUGUCCAGAGGAAAGCCAGGGCGUGGCUUGUGCACAGGAUGCCCUCCUGCCCCAGGAGACCAGCAGCCAGGCUGGGGCGGGUGAGCAAGCAGGGAGUCCUCCUCCUGGUUCUACUUCGCCUCCUUUUCCUACGGAUGUGAAAUUUCAGGUGCUGUGGGAUUCCACGAGCGAUCCAGUCGCCAUCGACACCUUCUGGGCGGCUUUACUGCUCUGUGAAUUAUCUUCUGGCAGCCCCGUCUGACUUCAGCAGAUCUGCGUGGGGCCCUCCCGUUUGGGCCCAACCAAGCGUCCUGCAGGGGUGUCUCGCUGCUGCCCCAAGAGACGGGGGGCUGCUUUGGCUCAGUCGUGGCGGCACCUAGUUGGUCCUGACCAGAGGCUCCAAGCUGGCAAAGCUUGUUUCGAUGAGGGGUUAAGGCUGUUGAGCUGGUUGCAGGGGCCACACGCACCCUUCCAAAGUAGGCCCACCUUUGGCACUCCCUGCGUGGUGAUGUGGGGAGAGGGAGGGGAGGAGGAGCCCGAUCACUUCCCAGACAAAAGGAGGCUUGAAUGUUGGCCGCGGUUCUCAUUUGCAACAGGUCCUACUGGGAGUAGUGGAGCCAGUGCUUCGAGGGCUGGGGGCCCCCCGAGCGGAUGUUCCCCCGUCUUCCCCAACACACCUCCUCAAGCCAACCACGGACCCUUCCCAGCUCUGGCCCCCUUCCUACCCUUGCCGUGUCUUGCUGUGCGGGCUGGCCACACAGUGGCCGUGGGGCUUCUCAGGAGAGAAAGGCGGGCGUUGUUGACCCGGGCCAAAGCCCUGCGGGUAGCUGGUUACGUGUUCCUCGAGGAAAGCUGCGUACAUUAGGCAGGAUUCAGAUCCUGAUCGUGGGUGGCUGUUUUUGUUCAACAGGUUUGCACUAGGAUACAUACACCGGUUUAUAAAGCCCUA